AUGUUGCAAGGGAUCAUUCCACAGCUAAGUCUUCUCUUCCUUUUUGUCUUAGCAAGUGCAAUAAAAGAAUUCCCUAAGGCAAAGAAAUAUGAAGUGGUCUAUCCCAUAAGACUUCAUCCACUGCAUAAAAGAGAAGCCAAAGAGCCAGAACAACAGGAAACAUUUGAAACUGAGCUAAAGUAUAAAAUGACAGUUAAUGGAGAGAUUGCAGUGCUUUAUUUGAAAAAAAAUGACAAUCUCCUUGCAUCAGACUACUCAGAAACAUAUUAUAAUUCCACCGGAAAGCAAAUCACCACAAGCCCUCAAAUCAUGGAUGACUGUUACUACCAAGGACACAUCAUGAAUGAGAAAGUUUCUGAUGCAAGCAUCAGCACGUGUCAAGGUCUACGGGGCUACUUCAGUCAAGGAAAGGAAAGGUACUUCAUUGAGCCUCUGAGCACUGAAAAUAUGGAUGAGCAGGAGCAUGCACUCUUUAAGGAUGACCCUGAUGAAGACCUAACCAACAGCAGCUGUGGGGUGAACGAUGCUGUCUGGAUACAGAGGUUGCAUCAGAAUGUGGACCUGCCUACCGCCAGACUGAUUAAGUUGAAUGACGAGAAGGCUCAGGGAGCUAAGACGUACAUAGAAUAUUAUGUGGUCCUGGAUAAUGGUGAGUUUAAGAAGUAUGAUGAAAAUCUAGUUGAAAUAAGAAAGAGAGUACUUGAGAUGGCCAAUUACGUCAACAUGCUUUACAAAAAGCUUGAUGCUCAUGUGGCCUUAGUUGGAAUGGAAAUUUGGACUGACAAAGAUAAGAUAAAGAUAACCCCCAAUGCCAACGUUACUUUGGAUAACUUUUCUAAGUGGAGGAAGGAUGAUCUGCUCAAAAGAAAGCAUCACGAUAUUGCUCAGCUAAUCUCCUCAACAGACUUUUCUGGAGCAACUGUGGGUCUUGCUUUCAUGUCUUCGAUGUGUUCCCCUUAUCAUUCUGUUGGGAUCAUCCAGGACCACAGUAUUUAUCAUCUUAGAGUUGCAGGGACAAUGGCCCAUGAAAUGGGCCACAACCUUGGAAUGAUUCAUGACAACUUCAAUUGCAAGUGUCCUACUGAAGUCUGUGUAAUGGAGCAAUCACUAAGAUUCCAUAUGCCCACAGACUUCAGUUCCUGCAGCCGUGUCAACUAUGCAAAGUUUCUUGAAGAUAAAUUAUCCAGUUGCCUCUAUGACAUUCCAUUGCCUAUGGAUAUCAUAACCCCCCCGAUCUGUGGGAACCAGUUGGUAGAAAUGGGAGAGGAGUGUGAUUGCGGCACCCUUGAGGAAUGUACCAACUUCUGCUGUGAUGCUAAAACUUGUAAAAUCAGAAGCGGUUUCCAAUGUGCGUUUGGAGAAUGCUGUGAAAAAUGCCAAUUUAAACAGGCUGGGGUGGUGUGCAGAGCAGCAAAAGAUGAGUGUGACCUGCUUGAGAUGUGUGAUGGUCAAUCUAGCCACUGCCCAGAAGACAGAUUCAGAGUCAAUGGCUUCCCUUGCAAAAGUGGCCAUGGCUACUGCUUGAUGGGUUCCUGUCCUACCCUGAAGGAGCAAUGCACCCAGUUGUGGGGCCCAGAUACCGAGGUUGCAAAUAAGUCAUGUUAUCAGCAGAAUGAAGGUGGGUCCAAGUAUGGAUACUGUCACAUAGCGAAUGGAACAUAUAUUCCCUGCAAAGCAAAAGAUGCCAUGUGUGGGAAGUUAUUCUGUGAAGGAGGGUCAGGUAAUGUGCCCUGGAUGGGACUCACAGUAUCUUUCCUGACAUGUAAAAUGUUUGAUCCUGAAGACACUAGUGAAGGAGUAGGUCUGGUGGCCAGUGGAACCAAGUGUGGAAAUAACAAGGUGUGCAUUAACGCAGAGUGUGUGGAUAUGGAGAAGGUGUACAAAUCAACCAAUUGCUCUUCUAAGUGCAGAGGACAUGCUGUAUGUGACCACAAGCUGCAGUGUCAAUGUAAGGAAGGAUGGGCCCCUCCUGGCUGUGAGGACUCUGCCACAGUCUUCCAUUUCUCCAUUGUGGUAGGUGUGCUCUUCCCCCUGGCUGUCAUAUUUGUUGUGGUUGCUAUAGUAAUCUGUCAUCAAAGUGCCAGAAGGAAGCAGAUGAAAGCUCAGAAGCCGCCACGUGCUUCCAGUGUCAAGGCACACAAGCCGAAGACUAAACCCCAGAAUGUGAAGGCAGUUCAACCCCAAGAGAUGAGUCAGAUGAACAAGCUCCGUGUGUCUGAUCUGCCCACUGAAGACAGUGAGCCUCCACCUUACAUUCUAAUCACAAAGCCCAAUUUUCCACCACCACCAAUUCCUAUUUCCUCGGACUUAAAUGAAAAAGUCUGAAGCAACAGAUAAGCAAAGAUUGAUGAGCAGAUGAUCAAAAUGGAAGACUGGAUGUUUGGGAUGGAAGAGAAACACAUUUACUUUCUUACCGCUCCUGCUCUUGACUC